CCAAGCUCUGAGGCGUGAACUCGUCGCCGGUCUCCACCAAAACACUUGAGAGUCUCAUCAUCCCCUCCUUCUAAGUCUUUGAGAUAAUAUCCGGUUCUCCGCGGGGAGGAACGCCGACGCCGACGCCGAAACCCAAGCAUGGUCCCGACCCGGCUAAUCCCAUAGGUCUGAACGCUAUAAAAGCCCGUCCGCGAACCACCGAUGUUCAGAGCAGCAACGCCAGAGCUUCACCUGCCUCAUCUCCAGCCACCUGCUAACCAGCUCUCCCCCCCCCCCCCACACACACCGGGAAAAACAGAUCCAACCGAGAACCACCACUACCGCCACCGCCAUGAGACAGUCCGCCGUGAUGCCCUCCCUCUUCGCCGCCGCGCUCCUCUUCCAGUGCUACGCCGCCGCCGCCGCCGGGCCCCUGAGCAGGAACGUGGACGACGGCGACGCCUCCUUGGAGCAGGACACCCUGAGCUCCUUGCUCCUCGGCGAGGAGGCGGCGGAGCAGUCCCUGGCCGGCGACGACCCCGCCGUCACGGUGGGCCGAAGCGGGGGUCCCAGAGUGAUCGUGAUGAUGGCCGACGCGGCGGUGCUGAGGAACCUGAGGGCGCUGGACCGAGGGCUGUCCUACUACAAGCAGCAGCAGCAGCAGCAGACGAAGGCCGGGGACGGCGGCCUGACGCUGGAGCGCCGGGAGCGGUUGAUGGGGCUGGAGCCCGGGAUGGCCCUCCGCAAGCGGGACACCAUGAGGUGCAUGGUGGGGCGGGUGUACCGGCCCUGCUGGGAGGCAUAGACUCUGGGCGGAGGCCCUCUCCUCUUUCAUCAGCAUCAUCGUCACCGCCGUGGACUCCGACACCUCCUUCUCCGACACCU